AUGUCAGUUAAAAGAAGUUUACCAUUAAAAAUAUUGAGAAGAGGAAUGUCACAACCAAAAGAAGAAGCGUUUAAACGAUCCAGCUGGAAGCUUUGGUGGGAUAAUAUACAGCAUGACUCUCGGGAUAAUUUAAGAGAUUUACAGCGAAGUCUCAUGGAUGAAUUAGACUUUGAGCCAGGUAUUUCAGUUGAGAAUUCAAUGUCAAUGGGGCAAAUCAACCAAUGGCGCGUCAGCAAUCCUGCUGCAAAGGCGAUAACUGUGCCAACCCUACUUGUUCAUGGGUAUGCUGCUACUUCUAUGACGUACUUUAGAAACUUUGAAGGGCUUUCUAGGUCUGCUAAAGAUUUGUAUGCGAUAGACUUGCCCGGGAACGGGCUAUCGAAAGAAUUGCCACUUGAGCCUGAAGGAAUUAAUAAGCCCAAAAGGUUAGAAUUAAUAGAAACUGUAAAAGGGCAGUAUGUGCGGUUACAAGAGCCUAUUGAUGAACAAGUAUACAAAAAACACUUGCAGCAUUACGAAGAUUAUCAUUUGGAAGCAUUGGAAGAAUGGAGGAAGGCGAAUAACUUGUCAAAAAUAAACUUGGUAGGACACUCCUAUGGUGGGUAUGUGUCAUUCAAAUACUGUUUGAAAUAUCCAGAAAACGUGAAUAAACUAUGCCUCGUGUCUCCGCUUGGGGUUGAAAGGAGCAUAUAUUCCGUUAAUAAUCACUUUAAACCUGAUGUAGACUACGUUAUCCAACGCGAAGAUCCCAGCCAGCCAACAUUCACAAAUAACAGAAACCUACCGAAAUUACUGUUGCAAUACCAAAAUAAAACUUUGAGGUGGUUAGGUCCGCUUGGUGCGAAAGCUUGCUGGGGUUACGUUAACGCUUCGUAUGGUAGGGUGCCAAGUGUUGCAUACAGAGAGUAUGUCUUCCAGUUGGUCUACGGAAAGGGAAUUGUCACUGAUAAUGCAAUAACUGUUUUUAAUCAGCUGUUUUCUAGAGCAUUGCUCGCGUAUGAUCCGAUAAUGGAUGGCUUAAAUAGGCUCAAAGUUCCAAAAUUGAUGAUGCUUUACGGAGCACAUGACUGGAUGAAUAGAGCUGCUGGUGCACUAGCAAUAGAUGAAUUCAAUAGCAUCAGAAAGAAAUAUGACGGAACUUUCUAUAUCGUCGACAAGGCGGGCCAUAAUCUCAUGCUAGACAACCCAGAAGAAUUCAAUGCACGUCUCAUUGAGUUCCUAAAAGAUUAA